CCGCGCGCCGCUGCAUCAAUACGCGGGCGAUGGCCCGUGGCGCGUCCGCACGCCUCUUUGCGUCGUCGGCCGAGCAGGUCGAAGCUGCGUGGAGCGCGAUCCGGCGCGCGCCGACGGCCGCCCCCGUCAACGACUAUGUCCGCGUGUGGUACGACUCGAUGGCCGCGGGCCGCCCUGCGCUCACGCAGGACGUGUGGAUGGCCCUCGAAGAUCGCUUCCCGCAUGAGCUCUCGCUCGACAUGUUUGAAGCCACCGCUGCGGCGCUCCUCGGCCACGACGACGCUGCCGCCGCCAGCCUCUACGAGACACAGGUCCGCCAGCGCGCCGACAAGGUCACCGACACCUUUCGCGACAUUGCGAUCCGCGCGUACUGCAACCUCGACCAGGUUGACGACGCCAUGGCGAUCGUCCGCCAGCAGCAGCACCCGGACAUGCACAUGCAAGCACGCGUGCUGUAUGCCUGCGCGCGCCUCGGCCGUCACGACGACUGCGACGAGCUCUUGCGCGCGCUCGACACGGCGCCGUCGUCGUGGACGGCGAAAGGCUGCGACAACGUCCUGCGUGCGCUGGGCAGCCUGUAUCCGAUCGACCGAGUAUUUGAGUUCUUCUCGCGCAUGCUGGCGCAAGGGAUUCUGCCGACGCCAACGUCCGUGCGCCUGCUCGUGCAAGCGUGUCUCUUCAACCACCAUCAUGCGCACCUCGAACGGCUCCUGCACAACAUCCCCAAGCUCCAGUUGCCGCCCGACGCCCCACUUGUCCAGGCGCAGAUUGCAGGGCAUGUGCAGCUGGGCCAUGCGCUCGAGACGACGGUCCUUCCGCUGACGGCGACCUUGGCAACGGCGCAUGCCGCCGACGAGAGAACGCUACCAACGCUCUACGAUGUCUUCUACACGGCCAUGGACCGGGACGACUUGGCCUCGGCGAUCACGCUGCUGCAUCAGCUCGCGACCUUCCCGGCGCCAUUCACCAUGUUGUACGCAGUGCUCGACCACCUCCCCAAGGACGCAACGGCGCUUUGGGCGAUGACAGGACCGCUUCUCGAGACAACGCUCCGGCACCACGGACACCACGUGCCGUCGCACUUGGCUGUGCCCGUCCUUGCCGCGGCCCGCCGCGCCGGCGACGAUGCGCUCGUUCUGCGCCUCUUCCACGCGCUCGCCUCUGCGGGCGUGUGCCCCAACAAGACGACGCUGAGCCUCGCCGCACAGAGCUGCAAGGCGCUGCCCGACGCCGACGAGACAACGCGACGCCUCAUGGUCGAUGCAGUCAACGCCGUCACAUCCUCGUCGUCGGCGGUCGAGCGAAAGCAGCAUUGCCAGCACCCACCUGUCGCCGUCCUCAACGCCUCGCGCGCAUGGGAUCCGAUGCUCGUCUCGGCCGCGCUCUCGGCGCUCGGGCAGGUUGAGGACCUUGCGCGCAUCGAAGCCGUGUUUGCAAUGGCCGUCGAGAAGCAAGCCGUGGACGCCCGCGUCGAGACGCAGUACGUGCGCCUCCUCGUCCGCGUCGGCCGCCAUGUGAGCAUGAAGGCGCUCGCCGACGUGCUCCCCAAGACCGAGAUGCUUCCAAUGCCGCUGCUCGAAGAAGCACUCGUGACCAUGAUGCGCUGCAAGCGGUACAAGGUCGUCAUCCGGCUCCUCCCGCAAUUGCACACGCGGCCCGAGACGUACGUCGCCGUCUUCCACGAAGCGCUGACGUAUGCGCGCUCGACGGUGUGGCUCACGCGGCUCUACGAGAUGGCCAAGCACCGCGCUCGCUUGCCGGCGAGCGACGUCGCCGAGUACCAACGGCUGCUCGCGCGGGCAACGGUCGCCCCAUAA